ACCUUACUAGCUCUUAAUAAGUAGGGUCUUCCACCAUUUCGUUGUCCUGAAAAACUAGAAGGGCUGGACUGCCGAUCCCAUGCAGGGCAUGCCGUAUCAUGUUGGGCUUGAUAGUGAAUAUUUCUCACUGUUAAUUUUCCUCUGGAUUUGUGUUAUAAAUUACAUGCAGUGAGCACAUUUUGGGAGAUCCUGUGCUUUGCUUGACAUGCAAUUGCUUAAUUCUCUUCUCCUCCGCCCCCCAGAUGGAGAAGAGCCAGACAAGUUAAUUCAUGCCACUUUGAAAAAUGGGCACACCAUUCCCAUUGACUAUUCUGGGAUCGUCAAUCUUGCACACUUGGAAGAAGAAACAGGAAAGAGAUUGAGCCUUAAGAAAUCCAGUCCCCCAGAGGAGCCAAAGAAGUUGCAGGGACCUUUCAGUAAUCACCCCAGUUCAGAAAUGGAGCCCCAUCCUGAGCCCCCUGCUCCCAAGCAGCCGUUGCUUCCUCCGAAACGACCGUUGUCGUCCUCCUCGCAGGAGACGAGUGAUCUGCAAACAAGGGAACUUGGCCUUGGCAACAGUGCAAGGACUGUGUCUUCUUCUGCAGCUGCAGCUGCCCCCAGCACAACAAAAGGGGGCACUUUGUCCACUGCUCCUACCCCUGCCCCCCGGACUCUGCCCCCUGCUUCCACAAGUGGUCAUGCUUCGGCCGCAAACACUAGCAAUGCCACACCGACCAAACACCCCCCCGUUCCACCUCCCAAGCCUGUUAAUAGGAAUAGCAACCCCUUAAUAGCUGAAUUAUCUCAGGUGAUUAACAGUGGCACACCGUUGUUGAAGCCUUCUCCACCUCUGCCUCCCAAGAGGGGCAUCCCUCUGAAUGCAUCUUCCUUCCUAGAAUCGGCCACUGCUCCCAAAUCCCCUAAUGAGAGGAUCAUGUCAUCAUCCUAUCCUUCCUCGCUACCUCCACACAUGAUCUCAACUCUCCCUCCGGCUGUUCCUUCACUCCCCCUGUCUUCUCACAUUCCAUCAGAACCCCCCAACGUUCCAUUGCCUAUCCCCCUCUAUGGGGCAGAGCCUCCCUUUCCCACCGAACUGCGGAUGGAGAGUCAACAAGAAGGUCUUUCGGUGCUGGAUCCAGCCAAAAGAGCGGCCGAGCAGGGGUUUGGAGAACCUCAAGGGCUUCCUCGUUUGUCCCAGGUCCCGCUGCACAUCCGCAUCCAGCAGGCAUUGAGUAGCCCCCUGCCAGCCACCCCACCUGCUGAAGGCUCACACCGGGCUCACUCACUGCUCUUUGAGAGCGAAGGCUGCUGCGAGGAUAAUGGAACAGUAGGCAGGACGAGAUCUCUGCCUGUUACCAUCGAGCUGUUGAAAGUUCCAGACGAUGAAGAAGAAGAGGAAGAUGGCUCAGGAGAUACAUGUCCUUCCAAUCACCAUGUUUACAUUGGAGAGACCCCAAUGGUUGCAGUUAUUCCCAGGCUCAUACUGCAGACUGUGCAGGAUGAAGAAGAGGGACCAAGUGAUUCGGAUUCGGAGGGACCCAUUUUGUACAAGGAGGAGGAGGAGGAGGAGGAGGAAGAUGAAGAUGAAAGCCACAACACGGCCCUGGCCAAUAAAGUCAAGAGGAAAGACACCUUGGCUAUAAAAUUGGGAAACAUGGCUCCAUGGCAGGAAUUACCAAAAGAGAGCACUUUUCCUCGGAAGAGCAAGGAAGAAUGGAAUGAAAUCCGACAGCAGAUUGGGACAACGCUAAUCAGGCGAUUGAGCCAGAGACCAACGGCAGAAGAACUGGAGCAAAGGAAUAUACUUCAGCCAAAAAAUGAGGCUGAUCGGCAGGCUGAGAAGAGGGAGAUAAAACGGAGGCUCACCCGAAAGCUUAGCCAAAGGCCUACUGUGGCUGAACUGCAGGCCAGAAAGAUCCUGAGGUUUAAUGAAUAUGUGGAGGUAACAGAUGCCCAUGACUAUGACAGGAGAGCAGACAAGCCGUGGACAAAACUCACUCCUGCUGACAAGGCUGCCAUCCGGAAGGAGCUGAACGAGUUCAAGAGCUCUGAGAUGGAAGUGCACGAAGAGAGCAAGCAGUUCACUCGGUAUCAUCGACCCUGAGCUUUUUUUUGUUUAAAAAUCAACAACAACAAGAAGCACGACCAGUACGCUGGAGGAGAAGAGGACUAGCGGUGUUUGUCAUUUCCUUUCUCACAAGUUGAAGAGGAAUCUUGAGGCUUGUUUGAGAUUAGCCUUCAUUCACAUAUCCAGAAGGAAAGCUUCUCUUCGUCAGGAAAUGGGCAAGCGAUAGGAAGGCCCUUGUCCAUAAGUUAGCAUUUCAUUGAAAGGAAUUUGUCUCAAGUGCCAUGAGAUCACAGUGGGGCAAGCAACAAACAAAAGCAUUAUACCUCAGAUAUAUGGCAAUACAAAUGGGUAAUGCCCCUCGGUUCCUUAUCUUCUGCCUAAUUCUGAACCCUUUAAUACCCCUUUCUCAAAGAAAAGGGAGACUACCAGAGCAGACUUCGGAGCUAAUGAGUGAGAAGUGUGCACGUACCUAUAGUUUGCUGUAUCCAGAAGAAACUUUAACUGACACAUUACUGGAGAUUUGGGGAAGGUGCUUAUGGGUUUUUUUUGGGGAGUUACUAAUUUGCAGAAUCACUACUGACCAAUCGUACCUUGUCUAGCAGACGAAUUGUUGAGCUGUAACAUGGCACAUGCUGCAUCUUGAGGGAAAAAAAAGUUUUAACAUUUUUUAUAAUGGACAGCAAGAAGCUCCCUUCAUCACUCAAAUUUGCUAUAAAGCUAAGAGACCUAAUUUUCUGUGGGGAGGGGAUGCACCUUUAAGCCUGUUUAACAGGAACUGCAAAGCCUGAAAUGAGUUGCCUUCAAGAAGCAGGUGACGUGGAAUAUACUGUAUUUUUUAAAAUUGUGACUUCUUUUUUUAAAGCCGCUUCCUAAAACUAGAGUGGAACUUGCCUUUUCUUAGAUUUGUAGCAGAACAUACUGAAAUGUAAUAAUUUGAAAAGGGCUUAAACCCAACUCGUAAGGAAAGGAAAGGAAAAGAAAAGAAAAGAAAAAAGAAAAGAAAAGAUGGCAUGGCAUGGCAUGGCAUGGCAUGGCAUGGCAUGGCAUGAAUAGAUUUUAUGGAAUGGUUCUGAAUGGUAUCACAUCUGAGAUGCAUGUUCUAUGAUGUUGGAGUGAGAAGAUGGGGAAAAAAUAUGAAGGGGGGAUUUGGACAUGAAUUAGAUGUUGGUUCUGUGUUUGAGCAUUGGUUUGGCAGCACAUCUCUUCACACAUCUGUAAAAGGUCACAUGUGUAGAAGCUUGUAGAUGCAUGUAGGCUGAGGCUGAUAUGCUGUCUAUUGCUCUGCUUCCCAUCCCAGAAGAAGACCUUUAUUCUGCUGCUACUUUUGCGAUUACCAACCUUUCUGGGAGGAGGAGGACCAGAUGCAAGAGGGCAGGGUUCAGAUAUCUUAAAACUGGUGUGCAGAAGAAGGUAUUUCAGCAGCCACAUCAGUUGGGUCCAAUCUUCUUGAAUAAAGCCCCUUAAAUCAGUUAGCUCUGACUUCGGGGCUGUUGAUUUCAGUGGUGAUUAAGGGCAGCAAAUGGCUUAGUCUGGAUCCAACCUGUUCUUAACUUCUCACACAGACGAGGUAAACUUAUGCAUCCUGGAAUUCAUUCUCUCCAAUAACUGGUCCUCCUGUUGGCGAGCCUAGGGGAACGCCUUCACGCUCCACACUCUCAUUCCAGCCAAUGCCAGUUGCCCUUCUGGUGUUCCUGUGAAGGGAGGAGAAUGUGGCCUUGUCCUUGUAAGGAGCAGUUUUUCUUAACGAUGCAAGGAGAAAAGCUUUUGGUGUGGAUUGGGGGAUAAGUGCCAGUGUACUCUUGAUUUGAGCAGUUUUUUUCACGAUGUAUAAAAUCUCCAUUAAGGAAAUCAUUGUGUUGUCUUCCUAUCAACAAGAUUUUAUGAAAUAAAUUUUUUUAGGAAAAAAAA